CCACAGACGAAUGGGCUAGUAGAGAGGUUCAAUGGGACUCUGAAGUCCAUGCUGAAGAUGUAUGUGGACAGGCGCCAGAACGACUGGGAUGUGCUGCUGCCUUACCUGUUAUAUGCCUACAGGAGUGUGGCCCAGGACUCCACGGGGUUUGCUCCCUUCGAGCUGCUCUAUGGGAGGCAGGUCCGGGGGCCCCUGGACUUGAUCCGGGAUGCCUGGGAAGGCAAUGUAGAAGUGGCAGGACAGCCAGCGAUGGAGUCUGUGACACAGUUCAAGGACAGGCUGAAGGAAAUGAUGGAGUUAGUUCGGGAGAACUUGAGUGACAGCCAAGGGGCCCAGAAGGCCUGGUAUGACAGAGAUGCCGUGGAGAGGGCAUUCGAAAUAGGGGACUUGGUGUUGGUGCUGGACCCGGUGAGGAGGAAUAAGAUGCAGGAUGUUUGGAGCGGGCCCUAUGAGGUAGUGGAGAGGGUGAACGAAGUGACCUAUGACGUGAGGAAGGCCAGUGGCCGGGGUGGGGUGCAAACGGUGCACGUGAACAGGAUGAAGGCGUACAUGGAGAGGGGGGUGAAUGUGAACAUGAUCUGUUGUGCUGAGGAGGAAGCCAUGUCCAUCCCUUUGGUGGAUAUGGUGGCUGAGGGUCAGGAAGAGACGCCCCUCGAGAGCACAGAGAUGGGGGAGGGCUUGACUUCCCUGCAGAGGGAGCAGUUGCUGGCGCUGAUAGAGGAUCUGUUAGAUACACUGGGGGGGGCAAGGUUUAUAAGUACUCUGGACCUGACUAGGGGGUACUGGCAGAUCCCCCUGGAUGCGGAUGCGCAGGAGAAAUCUGCAUUCAUAGUGGAGUCUGGCCUGUAUGAGUUCAAGGUGCUGCCCUUCAGCAUGCGGAAUUCUGGGGCCACCUUCAUGCGGCUGAUCCACGCGGUCCUGCAAGGGCUGGGGGGUUUCGCCAUGGCCUAUAUUGACGACCUGGCCAUUUUCAGUGACUCCUGGCGGGACCACCUCAAUCACGUGGGGGCAGUGCUGCGGCGACUCGGGGAGGCCAACCUGACUGUCAAGGUGUCCAAAUGCAGGAUGGGGGCUGCCGAAGUGACCUAUCUGGGGCACAGGGUCGGCAGUGGGGCGGUGCGCCCCGAGCCCCUGAAGGUGGAGGCCAUUAAGAAUUGGCCGGUUCCCCAAACAAGGAAGCAGGUCCAGGUGUUUGUGGGCCUGGCCAACUACUACAGGAG